AUGUCGUCCGGCCUCCGCGCCGCCGACUUCCCGCGCUGGAAGCGCCACAUCGCCGAGGAGCUGCGACGCCGGGACCGGCUGCAGAGGCAGACGUUUGAGGAGAUCAUCCUGCAGUAUAACAAGUUGCUGGAAAAGUCAGACCUUCACUCAGUGUUGACCCAGAAACUGCAAGCUGAGAAGCAUGAUGUGCCAAACAGACAUGAGAUCAGUCCAGGACAUGAUGGCACCUGGAACGAUGCUCAACUGCAGGAAAUGGCUCAGCUGCGGAUCAAACACCAGGAGGAGUUGACAGAGUUGCACAAGAAGCGUGGGGAGCUCGCUCAGCUGGUGAUAGACCUGAAUAACCAGAUGCAGCAGAAGGACAAGGAGAUGCAGGUGAACGAGGCCAAAAUCGCCGAGUGCUUGCAGACAAUCUCGGCCCUGGAGACGGAGUGCCUGGAACUGCGGGGAAAGCUGCAGGACUUGGAGAGAGCCAACCAGACCCUGAAGGACGAGUACGACGCCCUCCAGAUCACCUUUACCGCCUUGGAGGAGAAGCUGAGGAAGACCACCGAAGAAAACCAGGAGCUGGUCACCAGGUGGAUGGCUGAGAAAGCUCAGGAAGCCAACCGCUUAAACGCAGAGAACGAGAAGGAUUCCAGGAGACGGCAAGCCCGCCUGCAGAAAGAACUUGCAGAAGCUGCGAAGGAGCCCCUGCCUGUUGAACAGGACGAUGACAUUGAAGUCCUCCUGGACGAGGCCUCGGAGCACCCUGAAGAGACCUCUCCAGUGCGGGCCGUCAGAGCGGCCACUAAGCGACUCUCGCAGCCUGCUGGAGGCCUUCUGGAUUCUAUCACUAAUAUCUUUGGGCGGCGCUCCGUCUCUUCCCCUCCCGUGCCUCCAGACAACCCAGACACGCACCCCGGGUCCAGUAAAGACGUGCGGGUGCCAACCACCGCACUCUGUGUCUUCGAUGCACACGAUGGGGAAGUAAACGCCGUGCAGUUCAGCCCCGGCUCCCGGCUGCUGGCCACCGGCGGCAUGGAUCGCAGGGUCAAGCUUUGGGAAGUGUUUGGAGACAAAUGUGAGCUCAAAGGUGCGCUGUCUGGCAGCAACGCAGGGAUCACAAGCAUCGAAUUUGAUAGUGCUGGCUCUUACCUCUUAGCAGCGUCAAACGAUUUUGCCAGCCGAAUCUGGACUGUGGAUGAUUAUCGAUUACGGCACACGCUGACUGGACAUAGUGGGAAAGUGCUGUCAGCCAAGUUCCUGCUGGACAAUGCACGCAUUGUCUCAGGGAGCCAUGACCGGACACUCAAACUCUGGGACCUCCGCAGCAAAGUCUGUAUAAAGACGGUGUUUGCAGGAUCCAGUUGCAACGAUAUUGUCUGCACCGAGCAGUGUGUUAUGAGUGGACAUUUUGACAAGAAAAUUCGUUUCUGGGACAUCCGAUCAGAGAGUAUCAUUCGAGAGAUGGAGCUGCUUGGGAAGGUAACCGCCCUGGACUUGAACCCGGAACGCACUGAGCUCCUCACCUGCUCCCGCGAUGACCUGCUAAAAAUUAUCGAUCUCCGAAAACACACUGUCAAGCAGUCAUUCAGUGCCCCUGGCUUCAAGUGCAGCUCUGACUGGACCAGAGCCAUAUUCAGCCCUGACGGCAGCUUCGUGAUGGCUGGCUCGGCCGAGGGUUCUCUCUAUGUCUGGAACGUUUCCACGGGAAAGGUGGAGAAGAUUCUCUCGAAGCAGCACAGCGCGCCAGUCAAUGCCGUGGCCUGGUCCCCAUCCGGCUCGCACGUGGUCAGUGUGGACAAAGGAAGCAAAGCUGUGCUGUGGUCAGAGUACUGA